AUCGCCAUCAUCAUCAGGUCUUCCACGGCGAGCAGUUCGAUUUUCCUUAGCGACGACGAUCAAAUCGAAAAUUCAUACCGAUAAGCCCUCUUAGGUCCUCCGAUCGAUCGCCCUCCACCGUCACCCUUCGAUCGCCAGCGAUGGGGAACACGGAGAAGCUGCUGAACCAGAUCAUGGAGCUGAAGUUCACGUCCAAGUCGCUGCAGCGGCAGGCGAGGAAGUGCGAGAAGGAGGAGAAAGCGGAGAAGCUCAAGGUCAAGAAGGCCAUCGAGAAGGGCAACAUGGACGGCGCCCGCAUCUAUGCUGAGAACGCCAUCAGGAAGCGCACCGAGCAGAUGAACUACCUCCGCCUCUCCUCCCGCCUCGACGCGGUCGUCGCCCGCCUCGACACCCAGGCCAAGAUGAGCACCAUCAACAAGUCCAUGGCCUCCAUCGUCAAGUCGCUCGAGUCCUCGCUUAACACAGGUAAUAUGCAGAAGAUGUCGGAGACUAUGGACCAGUUCGAGAAGCAGUUCGUGAACAUGGAGGUCCAGGCCGAGUUCAUGGAGAGCGCGAUGAAGGGCUCCACCUCUCUGUCCACUCCUGAGGGAGAGGUGAACAGCCUGAUGCAGCAAGUUGCAGAUGAUUAUGGGUUGGAGGUCUCAGUGGGUCUACCCCAGGCUUCUGCUCAUGCGAUUCCCACCAAGUCAUCAGAGAAGGUGGACGAGGACGAUCUCUCCAGAAGGCUCGAGGAGCUGAAGUCCAAGGGGUGAACUAAUCAUAUGCGCUGCUUGGAAUUUGCAUUACACGCUGCGGAUAGCUCAGUGUGUAGGACGAAGCUGGAGCGUGCUUACGAAGUCUUCUGUUUGGUGUAUCUUACUCAGUUUUAAUUCAAUAUCCGACUAUUUGCAUAGAAUCCGUGUGUUAUUAUAUGGGCCAUACUGUGAUAUGACUAAGACACUCAAUGCAACUUUUCCUAGUUUAGUAUUGUCU